UUAUUGAGGUGUAACUUAAAUAUAAUAAAAUGAACUAAUUUUAAGUGUACAGUUGAAAUUUUUGAAAAAUAUAUACAUUUUUAUGAUCACCACUACAGUCAUGCUAUAAAAGAAGGAUGGGCUAACUACAGCUUGCAGGCCAAGUCAUCCUGCCACCUGUUUUUGUACAGCUCCUGAACUAAGAGUGCUAUUUAUAUUUUUAAAUGGUUGAAAAAAAUCAGAAGAAUAAUAUUUUGUAACAUGUGAACGUUACAUAAAAUUGAAAUUCUGUCGUCCAUAAAUAAACACAGUCACAUUCAUUCUUUUACACAUCGUCUGGUGGCUUUUACACUAAAAGGCAGAGUUGACUAGUUGUGACAGAGGCUAUAUCACCCUGCAAAGCCUGUAGAAUUAGCUCUCUGUUCCUUUACGGAGAAUGUUCACUGACUCCUGGUAUAGAACAUUUUCAUCGUCCCAAAAGGUUCUCCCUGGUCCUUUGCAAUCACUCUCUUCCCUCCAGUUCCUGGCAACCACUGAUCUCCUUUCUCUCACUAUAGUUUUGCCUCUUCUAGAAUUUCAUAUAAAUGGAAUUAUACAAUAUGUAUCAUUUUGGGUCUGGCUUAUCUCAAUUAGUUAACACUUUUGAAACUAAUCCAUGUUCAGUAUUUCUUCCUUGUUAUUGCUAAGCAGUAUUCCAUUUAAUGAAUAUACCACAAUUAGUUUAUCACUUCAUCAGUUGGUGGACAUCUGGAUUGUAUUGACUCACUUUUGGCAAUUAGGAAUAAAGCUGCUGUACACAUUCACAUAGAAUCUUUGAAUGUAUGUUUCCAUUUCACUUGGAUAAAUUUAUUUGCUAGGAGUGGAAUGGUGGCGUAAUAUGGUAAAGUGUAUGUUUAACUUUAUAAGAAACUGCCAGACUGUUUUCCAGAGUGACAUUUUUCAUUUCCAUCACUUCCACAUCCUCAUCAACACUUCCUAUUGGCAGUCCUAGUGGAUAUGUAAUGGUAUCUCAUAGGGUUUUAGUUUCUAUUUCCCUAAUGUCUAAUGAUGUUGAGCAAAUUUUUUUUCCCUUUUUUUAAUUGAAAUAUAGUUGACAUACAAUAUUACGUUUCAGGUGUACUACAUAGUGAUUUGACAUUUGCAUACAUUAUGAAAUGAUCACCAAGUCUACUAACCACCUGUCCCCAUAAAAAGUUAAUUGCAAUAUUAUUGACCCUAUUCCUUAUGCUAUGUAGUACUUAUCCGUGGCUUAUUUAUUGUUUAAAGGGAGGCUUGUACCUCUUAAUCCCCUUCACCUAUUUUGCCCCCCAUUCCCAGCUCCCUCCUUUCUGGCAACCACUCAUUUACUCUUUGUAUCUGAGUCUUUUCAUUUUGUUUGUUCGUUUUGUUUUUCGGAUUCCACAUAUAAGUGAGAUCAUACAGUAUUUGUCUUUUUUGUCUGACUUAUUUCACUUCUCAUAAUACCCUCUAGAUCCAUUCAUGUUAUAGCAAAAGACAAGACUUCAUUUUUUAUGGCUGAGUAAUAUUCCAUCAUAUAUGUACACCACAUCUUCUUUAUUCAUUCAUCUAUCAAUAGUCACUUAGCUUGCUCCCAUAUCUUGGCUGUUGUGGAUAAUGCUGUGGUGAACAUUGGAGUGCAUAUAGCUUUUUAAUUACUGUUUUUAUUUCCUUCAGGUAAAUUCCCAGAAAUGGAAUUACUGAAUCAUAUAGUAGUUCUAUUUUUAAUUUUUUGAGGAACCUUCAUACUGUUUUCCAUAGUGAUUGUACCACCAGCAGUGCACAGGGGUUCCCUUUUCAUUGAGCAACUUUUCUUAUGCUUAUUUGCCAUCUGUAUAUCUUCUUUGGUGAAAUAUCUAUUUAAAUUUUUUGCCCAUUUUUAAAAAAUGGAUUGUUUGUCUUCUUAGUAUUAAGUUUUGAGAGUUCUCUUUAUAUGAAUAUGGGUCCUAUGUCAUAUACAUAUUUUGCAAAUAUUUUCUCCCAGUCUGUGACUUGUCUUUUCAUUUUCUGAAGUUUUUAUUAUGAAAUAACUUUAGGCUUACAGAAAAGUUGCAAAAAUAGUACAGAAUGUCAAAGAAACCCUUCACCCAGCUUUUCCUGAUGUCAAAAUCUUCCAAAGCUAUAAUACAAUUAUUAAAACCAGGAAAUUAAUAUUGACACAAUAUUAUUAAAUACAGACCUUAUUUGAAUUCCACCAGUUUUUCACCAGUGUCUUUUAUUUUUUAAUUUUAUCAUUAGAAGAGCUAAAGUUUUUAAAUUUUGGUUCAUGUUUUCUGAAGUUUAUAUUUUAAAUGAUUAAAAAAUCUAAAGAAAAAUAUUUUGUUCUAUGUGAAAUCAAGUCCAGCUUUUCAAAUUUUUAAUAGUUUAUGCUUUUCAUAUCCUGUUUAAGAAAUCUUUGCCUAAUCUUAGGUCAUUAAGAUUUUCUUGUGUGUUUUCUUCUAGAAGUAUAAGUUUUAGCUCCUACAUUUCAGUUUAUAAUCCAUUUUGGGUUAGUUUUUUUAUAAGGUAUGAUAUAAGGAUCACUUUUUUGCCUAUGGAUAUCUAAAUAUUGAAGUACGAUCUGUUGAAGAGAUUGUCCUUUCCUUAUGGAACUGCCUUGGCACUUUUUAAAAGACAAUUGACCAUAUGCAAGAGUCUGUUUCUGGACUUACUCUUCAGUUCUGUUGAUCUGUUUGUCUGUUAGAAUACCACACUGCUGUCAUCACUAUAGCAUUACAGUAAGUCUUGAAAUUAGAUAAUGUAGGUGCUCCAAUUCUGCUCUUUUAUUUUCUCAAGCUUGUUUUGGGACUCCAGUUACAAGUAUGUUAAGUGAGUGAUACAGGUAGGUUAAGUCAGUGAUGCUCUGCACAUUUGUUUUCCAGUCUUUACUCUGUUUCAUUUUGAAUAUUUAUAUUGCUGUGUUUUCAAGUUCACUAAUAUUUCCUUCUGCAGUAUCUAAUGAGCUGUUAAUCCCAACCAGUAUAUUUUUUAUCAAAGGUAUUUUUCAUCUCUAUAAGUAGAAUAAAAAUCAAAACAAGGAAGUGCAAGUUCUGGAACUUUUUGUGAUUUUCGCAUUUGAUAUUUAUUGUCAUUUAUAAAAAUUAAGAAUAAUAUUAAACAACUGAUCUUUCUUUCAGCUGCAGUAGACUGCUCAGUUCCACUAAGCAUGAGUGCCAGCAUCAAAUACCUUACAUUCCGGUUGAAGGAGACAAACGAUAAGCAAAUGCAAAGAAAUGAGUAAAUAUAGACUAUAUCAGAUGGUAAUAAGUGCAAUGAAAAAGAAUGAAGCAGGAUAAGGGAGAUUGGGACUUUGGAGAAGAAGGCCUCACUGAUAAGAUGCAGACCAACAACGAAGAGAGAAACUCAAAAAGGGAUUAGCACGGUGUGAAAGGGAAUUGAAAUUAACUAAAACUGCAAUGCAAUCCAAUUCUAAAAGUAAUUCCAAGUCAUUAUUUAACACUCUACAAAAGCCUCCAGGAGAACCACAAGAUGAAGAUGCUAUGUUAAUCGAAGAAGUGAACAGAUUUCCAUCCUUUAAAAGGUCACCAGUAACUUCUUCAGAGCGACUACACUUAAAUCCACCUAAAUCUGAUAAAGUCCUCACAAAUGGUACUGAGAAGAACUCCAGUUCCUUCCUGUCCAGCAUGGAUCACGCUGCCUCUGGGUCCAGGAAAUCAUCCUCUGGAACCUCCUACGGCAGAAGGCCCCGGAGCACAUCCCUAAAUUCCCAGCGGUUUCAGUUAGUAAUUUCAAAAGCACCCAGUGGGGACCUUUUGGAUAAACAUUCUGAACUCUUUUCUAACAGACAUUUGCCAUUCACCCCACGCACUUUAAAAACAGAAGCAAAAUCUUUCCUGUCACAGUAUCGAUAUUAUACACCUGCCAAAAGAAAAAAGGAUUUUACAGAUCAGCAGAUAGAAGCUGAAACUCAGACUCAAUUAAGCAGCUUUCAAUCUGAUUUUGAGACAGUUGAGAUUAAGAACUUCACAGAUUCAGAAAUGAACAUAAAGCAGGCAUCUAGCUGUAUGUCGUAUGGUACCAAAGGAAAAAUAACCCCUUUACCUUUACAAGGACAUGAAUUACCAUUCGAUGAGGUUAAAGACAGUGCUCUUCAGUGCUCCUCAUCAAGGGCGGUAUGUCAAUGUUCCCUGCAGCCUCCUUCAGGGAGAAAAAUCUAUUCUGAUGAAGAAGAACUGUUGUAUCUGAGUUUCAUUGAAGAUGUAACAGAUGAAAUUUUGAAACUUGGUUUAUUUUCAAACAGGUUUCUAGAACGACUGUUUGAGAGACAUAUAAAACAAAAUAAACAUCAUUUGGAGGAGGAAAAAAUGCGCCACCUGCUACAUAUCCUAAAGGUGGACUUAGGCUGCAUUUCCAAGGAAAACUCAGUAAUGCUAGAUGAUGUUGGUAUGUUGCAUUUACUUGAUUUUGAAAAGGCUGAGAAUUCAGAACAAAAUGAAUAUAAAAAUGAACAAGAUUUAGCCAUUCAACAGGAACGUCAAGAAUACCAAAAAGCUUUGACUAUGUUAUUGUCUGUUCCAAAGGAUGAGAACAAGAUAGUCUCUUCACCAAAUGAAUUUUUCCUGCCUGUCUAUAAAUCACAGGAUUCAGAAGGGGUUAUAAUUCAACAGGUAAAUGAUGAAAUGAAUCUUGGAACUUCAGUUUGGGAUGAAAAAAAUGUAAGUAUGUCAGACAGUUUACUAGACCAAGAAACUUCUGUGAAUGUCAUUGAAGGAGACAAAGACAAUGAAAAAGUCGAGACUUCAAAUGAAUUGUGUUGUUUUAGCACAGCACUCUCCCCGUCUGUUCAGUUAUGCAGUGUCAACGAUGGUAAUCAGGACAUGGAAGGACCAACUCUUAAAAUCAUGGAAAUGAGCAUUGAGGACCGAUCUUUCGAUGCUUGAUCUUCAUUAAUAAAUAUCCCAAAUGGCCAAUAAUUCAACAUUCCUUUCACUUUUUUUUACUUUUUUUUACUUUUUUAUAUUAAGAUUUGUUUGUUUUCUAUGUUGUAUAAUAAAUUACUGUACAUUUAGCAGCUUGAAACAGCACACAUGUAUU